AUGGAUCCUUUAGUCUUUGAUCCAUCUACAUACCCUGUGUUGGAUUGGCCAAAAAACACAAAGGCAGGCAACAGUUUGGCUGCUCCCUACAGUUUUCUUGCACAAGCGUUUGCCAUUAUUGCAGAUACUAGCUCUCGUAUAAUCACUGUCAAUAUUCUAUGCAAUAUGCUACGCGUCCUGAUAAUACACACGCCAUCUGAUAUUCUUCCGACACUGUGGUUAUGCUCCAACACGAUUGGCGCAUCAUAUAAAGGCAUCGAGCUUGGUAUUGGCCCGCUUGUGCUCACCAAAUCCCUCACGGCCGUGUCUGGUGCGACGCGACAAAAAUUACAUCAACUAUACAAGGAUCAUGGUGAUUGGGGGGAUGUUGCAUACGCAGUUAAAACAUCGGUGCGCACUAUUGUUCAGCCCAAACCACUGUCCAUUACUGGCGUCUUUAAAACGCUCCAUACCGUUGCCUCGGUAGAGGGAAAGGGCACUGUCAAUGAGAAAUGCAAACAUGUCCAGCGACUGCUGUUAGCUGCCAAAGAUAACGAAGCGCGUUAUAUCGUCAGAACAUGCGUAGGCAACUUACGGAUUGGGGCUGUUGGAACAACUGUCUUGGUUGCCUUCGCCAAGGCCUGUGUAUUGUCGCUCACACCAUCGUCAGCACACCCAUCCGAGACCUUGAUCCGCCAACCUACAGAUUCGAAGGAGGAUUUGAUGCGAAAGAUGAAGCGAGCCGAAGCACUUUUGAAGGAAUGCUAUGCACAGUGUCCAAACUGGGAUGUAAUUCUCCCUUGGGUUUUACAAUGUGGUGAUAUUGGUCGUAUAUUUGAACGCUGUGGACUGACAGUUGGUGUACCACUUCGUCCAAUGCUUGGGCAAAUCACACGGAGUAUGACCAACGUGUUUACCAAACUCCAGUCUCGUGAUUUUGUAUGCGAAUUCAAAUAUGACGGACAGCGUGCUCAAAUUCACAUGGAUUCUUCAGGAAAAGCAAGUAUUUUUAGCCGACAUCUUGAGGAUAUGACCGACAAAUAUCCAGAUAUAGUUGGUUAUUUACACCAAAUGAAAAGAGAACAUACCACGUCUUUCAUUAUGGACGCAGAAAUAGUGGCGAUCAAUGAGCAAGGCAAGAUCCUGCCGUUCCAAGUGCUCAGCAAUAGAGAACGAAAAAAUGUCACUGUCGACAAGAUCAAGAUUAAUGUUUGUGUAUUGGCCUUUGAUUUAAUGUAUCUCAACGAUACAUCCCUUCUUCGACUAUCGUUUCGAGAACGACGAGCAUUACUCAAGGAACAUUUUGCACCAGUUGAGAACAAGUUUGAUUUCGUGACCUCAAUGGAAGCGUCGGGAACGGAUCCAGAAGAGCAGGAGAGAUUACAAGGUUUCUUUGAACAGGGUGUGAACCAAGGUUGUGAAGGUAUCAUGGUCAAAGUACUUGAUCAUCCGACGAUUGUAACAAACGGUGCAAGAAACCAAGAUCCAUUAGCAACUUAUGAACCAGAUAAGCGCAUGGAAAGCUGGCUUAAAAUCAAAAAGGACUAUUUAGAAGGCACUGGAGAUUCCCUUGAUCUGGUGCCUAUAGGAGCUUGGUAUGGUAAUGGACGUAAAGCAGGCUGGUACUCUCCAAUUCUAUUGGCGUGUUAUAAUCCAGACAACGAUACCUUUGAAAGCGUUUGUAAAUGCAUGUCAGGAUUUACGGACAAGUUCUAUAGAGAAAUGAAACUGUUCUAUUCAAAUGAUGAAGACGCAGAAGUGCAGCGGGUUUUGGAUCAUCCACGACAUGAUUACGUAACAAAUCAUCAGCCAGAUGUAGUUUGGUUCGAUGCCACUGAAGUCUGGGAAAUCAAGGGCGCUGAUAUUACGAUCAGUCCGCUGCAUAAAGCUGCUAUCACUCGUGUGGACGAGAGCAAAGGAUUGUCAUUGCGAUUUCCGCGAUAUCUUCGUACUCGCGAUGACAAGACCAUAUACGACGCGACCACCAGUGACACUCUAGCAACAAUGUAUUCGAGUCAAAAGAACUUGCAGCAGCAGCAGCAGCACGAACAGGAGGAGGAGCAUGAAUAG